AUGUCGCCGGACGAGGACGACGGCAGGACGGAGUUGCCGUCGGAGGCGUCGCUGCGGGCGGUGCUGCUACACGGCAGCCUGGACAUCUGGAUCCACGAGGCGCGCAACCUGCCCAACAAGGACAUCCUCUCCAACACCAUGGGCGGGCUCCUCAAGAGCUGCACCUCCGCGCCCGAGGGCGCCGCCUCCACCAGCGACCCCUACGUGACCGUGCUCGUCGCGUCCGCCACCGUCGCGCGCACCAGCGUCAUCCAGGACGACGAGAACCCGCGCUGGGCGCAGCACUUCCUGGUGCCCGUCGCGCACGAGGCCGCCGCCGUUAACUUCGUCGUCAAGGACAGCGACGUCUUCGGCGCCGAGCUCAUCGGCUCCGUGGCCAUCCCGUCCGAGACCCUCCAGGCCGGCGACCGCAUCGAGGGCGUGUACCCGGUGCUCGAGCCCAAGGGCAAGCCGUGCGCGCCGGGCGCCGUGCUGCGGCUGUCGGUGCAGUACGUGCCGGUGGCCCGGCUCACCAUGUACCACCACGGCGUCACGCCGGGGCCGGACUUCCCCGGCGUGCCCAACACCUAUUUCCCGCUGCGGCGCGGCGGGCGGGUCACGCUGUACCAGGACGCGCACGUGCCCGCCGACGGGUGCCUCCCGGAGAUCAGGCUCGGGAACGGCACCAGCUACCGGCACGGGCAGUGCUGGCACGACGUGUACGACGCCAUGUCGCAGGCCAGGAGCCUCAUCUACAUCACCGGCUGGUCGGUGUUCCACACCAUCCACCUGGUCCGCGAUGGCGACAAGGGCAAGUCGCUGGGUGAUCUGCUCAAGAAGAAGUCCAAGGAGGGGGUCAGGGUGCUGCUCCUCGUCUGGGACGACCCGACGUCCAGGAGCGUACUUGGCAUCCAGAUGGAAGGUUACAUGGGCACAAGAGACGAGGAGACGCGCAGGUUUUUCAAGCAUUCUUCAGUUCAGAUACUGCUCUGCGCACGUUCUGCUGGGAAAAGGCACAGCUGGGUGAAGCAAAAGGAGACAGGAACUAUUUUCACUCACCAUCAGAAAACAGUGAUCGUCGAUGCGGACGCUGGCAACGGUAAACGGAAAGUAGUUGCUUUCGUCGGAGGCCUCGAUCUCUGUGGUGGGAGAUACGACACUCCAAGGCACCCUUUGUUUCGCACUCUUCAGACAUUGCACAAGGACGAUUACUAUAACCCAAACUACGCGGUGACUGACGACCGUGGCCCGAGAGAACCGUGGCACGAUUUGCAUUCCAAGAUCGACGGUCCGGCAGCUUUUGAUGUCAUGAAAAACUUCGAGGAGCGUUGGUUGAAGGCAUCCAAACGCACCGGGGCUAAAAAACUGACAAAAUCGUGUAACGACUCGUUGAUCUGGAUUGAAAAGAUACCUGAGAUUGCAGCUAUUGACGAUGAAAUCUAUUCAAGUGACAGUGACACGGAGAGAUGGGAUGUUCAGAUUUUCCGAUCAAUCGACUCAAAUUCGGUCAAGGGUUUUCCUAAAGAUCCGCGAGAAGCAACCAGUAAGAAUCUUGUUUGCGGAAAAAAUGUACUGAUCGACAUGAGCAUACAGACAGCUUACGUUACUGCCAUCCGAGCAGCCCAACACUUUAUCUAUAUUGAAAAUCAAUAUUUCAUUGGUUCUUCAUUUCAUUGGGAUUCACACAGAGAUGUUGGUGCUAAUAAUUUAAUACCGAUAGAGAUAGCACUCAAAAUUGCGAAUAAGAUUUACGCAAACGAGAGAUUUUCGGCCUACAUAGUAAUUCCAAUGUGGCCUGAAGGCAACCCCACUGGUACACCUACACAGAGAAUUCUUUACUGGCAGAAAAAAACGAUGCAAAUGAUGUACGAGAUAAUUUACAGGGCACUGCAGGAAAUGGGAUUGGACGGUAAGUAUGAGCCCCAGGAUUACCUGAAUUUCUUCUGCCUCGGCAACCGCGAAGCCGAAGAAACUCCUAGCGCCUCCAGCGGAUCAUUUUCAGCAAGUAAUCCUCAGGAUCAAUCUAGGAAGAACAGGAGGUUCAUGGUGUACGUGCACUCCAAGGGCAUGAUCGUGGACGACGAGUACGUGAUCAUAGGGUCGGCCAACAUCAACCAGAGGUCGAUGGCAGGGACCAGGGACACGGAGAUCGCCAUGGGCGCGUACCAGCCACACUACACCUGGGCCAACAUGCUCUCUGCUCCCCGCGGACAGAUUUACGGGUACCGGAUGUCGCUGUGGGCGGAGCACAUCGGGGGGCUGGAGCAGAGCUUCGAGCGGCCGGAGAGCCUGGAGUGUGUGCAGCGUGUGCGCGGCAUCGGGGAGAAGAACUGGAGGCGGUUCGUGUCGGAUGAGGUGAGCGAGAUGAGCGGCCACCUCAUCAAGUACCCGGUCAGCGUCGACUGGAACGGCAGGGUGGCGCCGCUGCCGGGGUGCGCCGCCUUCCCGGACGUCGGCGGCAACAUCUGCGGCUCCUUCUCGCACAUCCAGGAGAACCUCACCAUAUGA